AUGAUGAUGAAGAACAGUAUUUUCGCCGUGUUCAUGGUUGCUGCCGCUAGCAUGAUCUCUACCGUUUCUGCCCAGGAUGCGCCUGCUGAGCAGGUAGUCUGGUCUCAAGAGUACAUGCUGCAGACCAAGACCAACAGAAAUUCCGGCGAGUGGUUGGAAACUACCUUGGAUUUCUGCGUCAUGCAAGAAGUGGCUGAAGGCACUGCUGCCGUCUUCCCAGCUCAAUUGGCCAAGAAUGACAAGCUCUGGCUCACCAACGAUAGUGUCACCCGCCUCGUACCUGUCGAAGGAACUGUCCAGUCUGAGGCUUGCUAUGACCGCAAGUCCAUUGGAAAAAAGAACAAGCAGUGCGGAAGUUACCACGUUGACCAGAACAAGUCUGGUAGCCUCCGUGUUCACUACUGUGAGUAA